AUGGACCACGGUCACAAUCUGCCGGCACAGCCCAGCUGCCGCCCGCUCCGAGUAGUGCCCCUUCGCGAUUAUCCGAUCGAACAACUCGCCUCCGGCGCACAAAUCCAUCACCAAGUGCACGUAGUGGCGGUCCUCGAAGACCUCCCUCAGCUCCACGAUGUUCCGGUGGCCCGUCAGGUGAUGCAUGAUCUGCACCUCGCGGCGGACGUCCUCCGCGUCUUCGGGGUUGAGGAGCUUCCGCUUGGCGAUGGACUUGCACGCGAACGCCCGGCGCGUGGCGCGGUGAGUGGCGAGGUGGGUGACGCCGAACUGGCCGCGGCCGAGCUCCCUGCCGAAAACGUAGGAGGAGCGGACAUCGGACGUGGGGCGGCCGAGGAUGAGGGGAGGAGGGGGAGCAUCGGCGGCUGCGUUGGGCUGAAGGGGCGGCGGGGUAGGGACGGUGGGGGUGGACGGAUAUCGGCUACUUACCUGAAAGAUGAAGGAUCAGAAUAUGCAGUGUUUAUGAAGACUGUCAUGGAUGACUUUCGACACGAGCCAGCGUACAGAAAAUGCCGGUCUACAAUGAAUUCGUCUGCCAUUUUUUAUACUACGGCCAGCGCAGCUAAUGGGAACCAUCCCAUGGCAGAUUUAAGCACUUAUCUUUCCCAUGGUCACAAUAUGUAG